AUGGCCACUCCUAGUGUCCUAGCUUUUGACGCUGAGGGUCGCGCCAUUGAUUUUGAGGUCUGGCUAGAUGACCUGCAGCUGUUCUUACAGUGCGACAGAGCUGACGGCCUUUCCCUCUUUGACCUCACCUCUGGCGCCUCUCCUGCUCCUGCUGCUGAUGCUGAUCCCACUGUCCGCUCUCAGUGGGCCACCCGCGAUGCUGCUGCACGUCUUGCUGUGCGUCGCCACCUCCCUACCUCUGAGCGCGCGCACUUCAGUCAGUACAAGAGUGCUCAGACCUUGUACGACGCUGUAGUUGCGCGCUACUCCUCCCCUGCCACUGCUGCACUGAGCCGUCUCAUGCUUCCCUACCUCUUUCCUGACCUCUCUGCCUUUCCCACUGUCGCUGACCUCAUCACGCACCUCCGCACUAGUGACACUCGCUACCGCGCCGCCCUUCCUGCUGAGUUCUGUGCUAAGAACCCCCCCCCCAUGUACAUCACUCUCUACUACGUAGUCGCGCGCCUCCCUGACUCCCUUCCUGAGAAGAGCAUAGUUGCUGUAGGGGCUUCUCGUGGUGACCCUCGCACCCCCAUCUUUGAGGGGUGCUCUCCUUCCCCCUUGCUGCCCUCUGUUGCCUCUGCUGCUGCUGCCGACCUGCUUGGUCUUGAGUCGGUCGGCGCGGCGUCUGCCCCUAGUGGGAGACGUCGCUCCAGCAAGGGCAAGGGGGGCAAGGGCGCGGGUGGAGCUGGAGGGAGCGGUGGAGGUGGCGGCGGUGGCGGCAGCGGGAGUGGGGGUGGCGGCGGGAGUAGUGGUGGUGGUGGUGGUGGUGGCAGCAGCGGCGGAGACGGUGGUGGUGGUGGCGGCGGUGGUGGGGGUGGCAGCGGCGGAAGUGGAGGCGGAGGCGGUGGAGGCGGUGGAGGCGGCGGCGGAGGAGCAGGAGGUGGUGGAGGGAGCGGAGCUGGUCGAGGUGGUACCCAGCAGCGUAGUGGCGGUGGUAGUGGCCAGCGCUCACAGCGGCAGCAGCAGCAGCGCUCACGUGACAUCCCUCCGCCCCAGCAGCUUCGUGAGUGGUACGCUGGGCGUCAGAGGGGUGGGGGUACUGGUCCCUGCACCUACGUUCUUCGUUCCGGCGACCGCGCGGCGAUCUUUGAUCUUGAUUUUGAUGCUAUCCUUGCUGCUAUGUAUGCUGUGACAUAUAGUGAGGAGAAUGAGGGUUACCGGUGUUUCCAGCCCGACCCGGGCAUUGGUACUGCUGCGCUAGGUGCUUGUGAGGCUGCUGCUCUAGGUGCCAGUGCGUCUGCGCUCUCAGGUACUGGUGAGGCUGCGCUUUCAGGUACUGAGUCGUCCUCGUCCUCCCUCACUUUCACACUUGACUCCGGAGCUUCUCGCUCCUUCUUCCGAGACCGCACUACCCUUACGCCGCUUGGCCGGCCGGUUGCGGUCUCCCUGGCUGACCCCUCUGGGGGUCCUGUCCUGUCUCACUUCUCCACUGUCCUCCCGUGUCCGGCUGCCCCUUCGGGUGCUCUGUCUGGUCUGUACCUUCCCUCGUUCUCGACGAACUUGGUGAGUGGUGCAGCCCUACAGGAUGCGGGGGUUCACCAGUUCACUCCUGCGAGUCAGCGGGUGACCCACUGCACGGACGCACGCACAGGCCGACACCUGGCCACCUUCUCGCGUCGGCCGGGGUCGAGUCUCUACACCCUGACCACUUCGUCUCCUCCUGUCCCUGCGUCCGGUCAGGUAGCUGCGUCAGGUCAGGAGCUUGCCGCUGCGUCCCGGUCAGGUCCUGAGUCUGCCCCCUGUUCUUGUCGUCUCCUGUCUCACGAGACUCUCCUGUGGCACCACCGUCUUGGCCACCCCUCCUUGCCCCGUCUUCGGAGCAUGGCUUCCCGUGUCCUUGUCUCUGGUCUUCCCCGGUCUCUCCCUCCUCUCCCCUCCGGGCCAGGACCUUCCUGUGUCCCCUGUGUCGAGGGUCGCCUCCGGGCUACUCCUCACUCCUCCCACUUCCCCCCGACAGAGGCUCCCCUGCAGACGCUUCACAUGGAUGUGUGGGGCCCAGCCCCCGUCCGUGGGCAGGGUCACGAGCGCUACUUCCUGUUGGUGGUUGACGACUACUCGCGUUACACCACAGUCCUCCCCUUGCGCAGCAAGGGUGCGGUCACUGAGGUGCUGAUCGACUGGAUCCGCGAGGCUCGUCUCCAGCUCAGGCAGAGCUUCGGCUCGGACUUUCCUGUUCUGCGUCUGCACUCGGACAGAGGCGGAGAGUUCUCCUCUCGCCUUCUGCGAGACUACUGUCGGGCACGGGGGAUCCGCCAGACCUUCACGCUUCCGGACUCUCCACAGCAAAAUGGGAUUGCUGAGCGCCGCAUUGGCAUGGUCAUGGAUGUCGCUCGUACGUCCAUGAUGCAUGCGGCUGCCCCCCAUUUUCUGUGGCCGUUCGCGGUGAGGUACGCGGCGCAUCAGCUCAACCUUCACCCCCGGGUCUCUAGGCCUGCGAUGUCCCCAGCCUUGCUGUGGACAGGGAAGGUUGGCGAUGCGUCUGCGUUCCGUGUCUGGGGAUCUCGGGCGUUUGUCCGCGACUUGUCUGCGGACAAGCUGUCCCCUCGUGCUGCUCCCUGUGUCUUCCUUGGCUUCCCCACUGACGCCCCAGGGUGGCAGUUUUACCACCCCUCCUCUCGUCGUGUUCUGUCCUCCCAGGACGUCACGUUUGACGAGUCAGUCCCCUUCUACCGUCUCUUCCCCUACCGUACUCCCUCCCCCCCCCCUCCCCCGGACUUCCUGGUGCCGCUUCCCCCCCCGGUAGACCCCCUUCCCCCUCAGGUUCCUGCCCCCUCAGGUGUGUCCCAGGUAGACGCCGUUGACCCUGUCGAGGUUACUGGUGACUCUGGUGCUGCUGCGGGUGCUGAGCCUGGGGGUGCUGACUCUGGGGGUGCUGUGCGCGAGGGAGCUGAGCCUGAGGGUGCUGGGCCUGGGGGUGCUACUGCGGAGAGUGCGGAGCCUGGGGGUGCUGAGCCGGGGGGUGCUGUGCCUGGAGGUGCUGGGUCUGGGGGUGCUGAGCUGGGAGCUGCUGAGCCUGGGGGUACUGCGUCUGGAGCUGCGGAGCCUGGGGGUGCUGCGUCUGGAGCUGUUGAGCCUGGGGCUUCUCCUGCUGCGCCUCGCCGGGAGCCCCUCUCUCCACUGGAGCUGCGCGAGUGGUUCGCUCGCCGCUGGAGGCGUGCUGCUGAGUCUAGGGGUACUGAUGGAGCUGGAGUUGGUGCUUCUUUGCCCGCCGAGGGUGCUGGUGCUGCCGGUCCCGGAGCUGCUGGGCCUGCGGGUCCUCCUGGAGCUGGAGCUGCUGAGGGUGUUGGUGCUGAGACUACUGCUGUUGGUCCUGCUGCUGGAGGAGUGGGUGACGCUGGUGCUGUUGCUGAGGGUGCUGUCCUCUCUUCCUGCGCUUGCCGACCCUGA